CCCGCUAGUAGGAUUAUCCUUUCAGCACGUGAAGAGCCCUUCAGAAGGUUUCAGGAACCCACAGCACGUGUCAAUUCUUUCUUGGGAAUCUAGUCUGUUUCACAAUUGAAGCGAUUCCAGAACGGCUAGGCAGUGGUGACGGGAACACCCGCUAUUGUCCACGGGCUGUACUACCACGUGAAUCUUUCCGGCACAGUGCAGGCUUUAUCCGGCAGCACUCUAGAUAUGUGGAGCGCUCCUCCAGCUUGCAAGCCGAAUUCUGAGUUGCUCUGCUGAGAGCUUGGCCUUCCUUCUUCUUUCCAUACAGUCCCACUGCAGCAGUAGCCUCAACUGCUUUCAACAACCACGCGUCUCUGACAUAACAGGCCAUGUCCGACAUCAUGUCCAAAUUCUCUCCAUCGAGUGAAGUUCCAAUGUCCCAGGAUAUACAAGCUCAUUAUGUCCGUACGCAGGAGUACACCUCUGCUCCGAAAUACCCUCCCUCGGUUGGUAUGAGCCCAGCAUUAGGCUACUUCGGCUCCGGGCAAUUCGGGGACGACGACGACACGGUGGUGGUCGACAAGAAGGCCUUCAGCCGGGAAACACACCAAUUUGCCGAUGGUGACUUUGUCUGCCCAGGAUUUUUCAACCUCGCGUAUCUCGACGGGUUCACGCGUCGCUUCAACCACUCACAAUGGAGCUACGAGAUGCGCCGUGAGGCUCAGCCCAUUCUUCCAUUCUUGUCGCUGGGCCCAUUUUCAUGUGUCCGGGACCUUGAGUUUCUCCGCAGUCAGGGCUUUACUCUCCUUUUAGCGAUUCGCAAUCGCCAAUCUGCUCAUGCACGACUCUUGUCUGCAGACAAGGCCGCCACUCAACUCGGCAUCAAGGCUGAUACCAUCGACGUCCUUGAUAACCAAGAGUUGAUUUCCGCAUUUCCUCGGGCCAUCCGCCGUAUCAAUGAUCAUCUCGCUGGAAUGGACGACAACAGCGAUUCCCACUUGAGCUCCCCAAUGGCCGAGGACUCGUUGCGCAAGAGGAAGGUCCUGGUCUUCUGUGAAUCGGGAAAUGAACGCUCGGCUGGUGUGGUCAUUGCUUACAUCAUGGUCAUGCUUAACCUGGACGCUGUUCGUGCCACGCAUACAGUUCAGCAGCACCGAUUCUGUGUCUCCAUUGAAGAUCCCAUGAAACGCAUUCUUGCAGCCUUCGAGUCUAUCCUGAUGGCUAAACGUGACGUCGAAAAUGCCAAGCGUGCCAACAUCCAAAGUGGAGCUACGACUCUGGCACCUCCUCCCGUCCCGCCUGUGCUCCUAGCAAAGAAACGAAACUUUGCGGAUCGACAGGAGAACGAUAUCGAUAUGGCCGAUAGUGAUAUGGAAAUCGACAGCGAGGGCCAUUCAUCCCUGGAUCGAAUGCCGCGGGCACCCUUCCAGGAUCGAGUAGCUUAGAUCAAAGCUCACUUGCUUGCUGAAAGAAGAGCGAAUAUUCUGUUCCCACAACUCGACGGUUCUUAUUAUGUCCGACAAACCUAAGGUGGAUAGAACGGGCAUAACACGUCUACAUCAUAGCUUGCAAUGUGGGAGAUCUGUUUUAAUAUGGUUAUGUGGUCGCUUUGUCGACUUCUUUUCGUUUUAGAGAGCAAGGGUCAGUUUAUCUAUGGCUUUAGUCGUCGUCGACGGGAAUACCCAUUUGGUAGAUGGUUCAUAUUUAUUACUGGCUAAUAUUCAGAUAUCCAACAAAUUCGUCAGUCUUGAUCUACACUUGCCAUGUCAGUCA